CGGAUCCAAAAUCGUUGACCUUUAGCAAAUUAGAAAAAUACAAAAUAUAGACUUUUGUUUUCCUCCUUUUACCCCUCUGCUUCUUUCCGAGAAAAUUUCCCAUUCCAAACAAAUUUUCGCGAGAAAAUGAUUCAAUCGCUGUGAUUUUUUUUUACAAAACUCUAACCGGGCAAGACACAGUACGAUGAGGUCGACCUACGACCUCCUCUUAAACUUACAAAAUCGAAAGCUUUCCUCAUUUCUUUCAUGGAAAACCCAGAACAACGAGACCAAGACAAAACCCUAAUUUGCGACCCGACGCAAAUCAAUGCAACACAAGAAAAUGAGAAAAUAAUCGAAUGGGAAGAUUUCGGGCAUGAGCUUGCUAGAUUGUGGAGUUUAACUUCUGCCCUUAAAGAAGCUAAUGAGAAGAAGCUAAAUCUUCAAGAAAAGCUUCAGUAUUUUAUUCAGGUUAAAACUGAGUCAUUGACUCGAUUAAAUGAGCUUGAGGAAAUGCGUGAGAGACUAGUGGCAAGAAAAGUGAUGAUAGGAAACAUGUCAACGCGUUGCAAGGUUGCAACAGAGGAUGCUAAAAAACAGGAGAAAAUGCUUAGUACUGAGUUGAGAUCAUGGUUGGUUGCUGGUACCUCUCUUUCUGUUGCAAGGAAGCGACUGCAGGAAUCCAAUAGAACUCUCAAUGAAAAAAGGGGUUACAUUAAGCUGAAAAACAUGCAGAGGAAGCUACGAGCAAGGCAACAAUAUAUGAUAUCACAAGUUUCUUUGCUCUAUCCUGUAAAGAUCUUGGUUGGACCUGCACAAGAGCAAGAACUUGAAUCCUAUCCAAGCAGUAGUAGACUAGGGAAUUCUUCUGUAUCUAAGCCCAUUAAUUGUGGAACCUUGACGAUAUUGGGUCUGCAUCUCACCAUGCGUCCUUUUACGAAGAUGAGUUUUUUCACUGACAAAAAGGAGGUUCAGAAAUCUGCAACUGCCUUAGGAUAUGUUGCACAUGCUGUUUCACUAAUUGCUUCAUAUUUACAAGUUCCCUUGCGUUAUCCUUUGCGCUUGGGUGGUUCCUGCUCUUAUGUCAACGACAAUGUACCACCAGCAGGGCCUACAACUUUGGAUUUUUCAUGGAAAACACCACUGUCUGCAACUGUGAAGCCUGUCGAAUUUCCGUUGUUUUUAAAAGGUCAAGACACAACAAGAGCAGCUUAUGCUAUAUUCUUGUUAAGCAAGGAUAUUGAGCAACUUUUGAACUUCAUCGGUGAGGACAGCUUAGGGCCACGGCAUUUAGUAGCAAAUUUGAAGGAGCUUCUGAGGUGUGUCCAGUCUUCAGAAUUCAUAGAUACCUCCUGAAUAAAAGGGAUACAACUGUAUAUCAUUAGUUAGUUACAUUGUAAUACUUUGGGUGCGAAUUUUUUACCAAGCACCUACAAUAACCCUCCAAAGGUCUUGGCUGUUAGGAAGGUCACCCUUAGUGAGCAUAUCAUUUUUAAAUAAAAACUGGGUCCGGAAGGAUUUGCAAAUCAGAUUAUUAUGUGUAUGAAUGUUACUUGAUUGUCAAGUUUCUAAAUCUUCAAUAAAUUUGCCAAGACGAGCAGAAAACAGGUUAGAUUUUUGCUUAAA